GCCCCGCCCUCGGAUAAAUGUAGAACAAAACAUUUCCCAAAAGCAGGUGGAGCCAAGGUACACCGACGGGCGUGGCCAAGGCUUAGGACGAGGGGAGGGGCUAACGCAGGAUGUGACACAUUUCCCAAACUCUGCAGACGCCGAGUCUCGGAGCGAACGGUUCUGCCUCAGCUGGUCCUGCUGCUCAGUUUGGGUUUUAGUUCCUGUUUGGGCUAAAUAAACGGCUCCUCUUCCACCCAGUGUGACGUCUCCUCUGGUUAUUCUGAUUGAUCAUCUUAAAGCAGGGUCAGUUUAACUGAGUCGGCUCCUCAGAGGUCAGCCUGGUUUCUCAGCUUCCUGUGUCAUUCUUUGCCUCGUUUCCCAGUGAACUGUUUGUGAGUCGAGCUGCAGCAGGUGAACCGGACCGGGUCAGGAGUUCAGCUGGUCCGCUCUGUUUGCCCCCUUCCUGUCCAGGAGGGCGGCGCCCUGAAGCCCCGCCCCCUGCUGUCUGUCUGCAGAGCGUCAGGCUCUGCUGCUGACGAGGAAACUCUCUCUGCUAUAAAUAUCUGAACCGCAGCUACAGCAGACAGUUCUGCUCUGGGUCCGGUCCUGCGAGGUUCUGAUUCCGGUCCGAUAUGGGAGACUUCUGGGCAGACGCGGCCUCUCAGCGCGUGGCCAGAGGACUCUCGGGAAACGAUGAGGAGGCCGUUCUGGACCAGGGCAAGACCAGCACCUCCCUGCACACAAACUUUGAGAAAGAGGAACUGGAGAGCCACAGAGCCGUGUACGUCGGCGUUCACGUCCCGCUGGGCCGGCAGAGCCGCAGGCGGCACCGGCACCGCGGACACCGCCAUCACCGCAGGCGGCGGGACCGGGACGACUGCGAGGACGGCCAUGAGUCUCCGGCGUACGACACGCCGUCCCAGAGGGUCCAGUUCCUCCUCGGCACCGAAGACGACGACGAGGAGCACAUCCCCCACGACCUGUUCACCGAGCUGGACGAGCUCGCCUUUAGGGACGGAGAGGUCCAGGUGUGGAAGGAAACGGCCAGGUGGCUGAAGUUCGAGGAAGACGUGGAGGACGGCGGCGAGCGCUGGAGCAAGCCGUACGUCGCCACGCUGUCGCUGCACAGCCUGUUUGAGCUUCGCUCCUGCAUAAUGAACGGCACCGUGCUGCUGGACAUGAGGGCCGCCGCCAUCGACGAGAUCGCAGACAUGGUGAUCGACAGCAUGCUGGCGACCGGCCAGCUGGAGGCGGAGCAGCAGGACAAGGUGAGGGAGGCUCUGCUGAAGCGCCACCAUCAUCAGAACGAGAAGAAGCUGAGCAACCGCAUCCCGCUGGUCCGCUCCUUCGCAGACAUAGGCAAGAAGCAUUCCGACUCAACGCUGCUGGAGCGCAACGGGCUGCUGGCGUCGCCGCAGUCGGCUCCAGGAAACCUGGACAACAAGAUCAGCGAGAGCCGGAUCAGCGCCGGCAGCCGAGAGAACAGCACCGUGGACUUCAGCAAGGUGGACAUGAACUUUAUGAAGAAGAUCCCGCCUGGCGCCGAAGCCUCCAACGUCCUGGUGGGAGAGGUGGACUUCCUGGAGCGGCCCAUCAUCGCCUUCGUCCGCCUGGCGCCGGCCGUGCUGCUGACGGGCCUCACUGAGGUUCCGGUACCGACCAGGUUUCUGUUCCUGCUGCUCGGUCCGUUCGGGAAAGGCCUGCAGUACCAUGAGAUCGGACGCUCCAUCGCCACGCUGAUGACCGACGAGGUCUUCCAUGAUGUGGCGUACAAGGCCAAGGACCGGAACGACCUGCUGUCCGGCAUCGACGAAUUCCUGGACCAGGUCACGGUUCUGCCGCCAGGCGAGUGGGACCCCAGCAUCCGGAUCGAACCUCCGAAAAACGUCCCGUCUCAGGAGAAGAGGAAGAUGGCGGCGCAGCCUAAUGGCUCCGCCCACUGCUCAGAGGCUGUGAAGGAGACGGAGCAUCACACGGGCCCAGAGCUGCAGCGGACGGGCAGGAUCUUCGGAGGCCUGGUGAACGACGUUCGGAGGAAAGCGCCGUUCUACUGGAGUGACAUCAAAGACGCGCUGAGUCUGCAGUGUCUGGCAUCUGUCCUCUUCCUGUACUGCGCCUGCAUGUCGCCUGUCGUCACCUUCGGCGGUCUGCUGGGGGAGGCCACCCAGGGCAGCAUAGGCACCAUGGAGUCUCUGUUCGGGGCGUCCAUGACGGGCGUGGCCUACUCCCUGUUCGCCGGCCAGCCACUCACCAUCCUGGGCAGCACCGGCCCGGUUCUGGUGUUUGAGAAGAUCCUCUUCCAUUUCUGCGAGAAUCACGGUCUGUCCUACCUGUCCCUGCGGACGAGCAUCGGGCUGUGGACGGCCUUCCUGUGCGUCCUGCUGGUCGCCACGGACGCCAGCUCUCUGGUCUGCUACAUCACCCGCUUCACCGAGGAAGCCUUCGCCGCCCUCAUCUGCAUCAUCUUCAUCUACGAGGCUCUGGCCAAGCUGGUCAACAUGGGGAAGAAGUUCCCCGUCAACCUGCACAACCAGCUCAACAACCUCACCUUCUCCACAUGUCGGUGUUCUUCUCCCUCCAACGCCUCGGCCGACGUCCAGCAGAUCUGGAGCAGCAGGAACCUGACAGCAGGAAGCAUCGAGUGGGAGCAGCUGAACGUGACGGCUUGUCGGGACUUGAAGGGACAGUUUAUCGGGUCGGCUUGCAGUGAAAAAGGACCCUUCGUCCCAGACGUCCUCUUCUGGUCCGUCAUCCUCUUCUUCGCCACUUUCUUCCUCUCCUCGUUCCUCAAAAAGUUCAAGACCAAGAGAUACUUCCCCACCAAGGUGCGGUCGACCAUCAGUGACUUUGCCGUCUUCCUGACCAUCAUGGUUAUGGUGCUGCUGGAUUACCUGGUGGGAAUUCCUUCUCCCAAGCUGGAAGUCCCGGAGCGAUUCGAGCCCACCACCAGCGACCGGUCCUGGCUGGUUUCGCCACUCGGCGCCAACCCCUGGUGGACGCUGCUGGCGGCCGCCGUCCCCGCUCUGCUCUGCACCAUCCUGAUCUUCAUGGACCAGCAGAUCACCGCCAUCAUUAUCAACAGGAAGGAGAACAAGCUGAAGAAGGGCUGUGGGUACCACCUGGACCUGCUGGUGGUGGCAGUCAUGCUGGGGGUCUGCUCCAUCCUGGGCCUGCCCUGGUUCGUGGCAGCCACCGUCCUCUCCAUCUCCCACGUCAACAGCCUGAAGGUGGAGUCGGGCUGCGCCGCACCGGGAGAGCAACCCAAGUUCCUGGGCAUCCGGGAGCAACGAGUGACGGGAUUCAUGAUCUUCAUCCUGAUGGGCUGCUCCGUCUUCAUGACGUCUGCGCUCAAGCUGAUCCCGAUGCCCGUCCUCUAUGGAGUCUUCCUCUACAUGGGAGUGUCGUCACUCAAAGGCAUCCAGCUCUUUGACCGGAUCAAGCUGUUCGGCAUGCCGGCCAAGCACCAGCCGGACCUCAUCUACCUGCGCUACGUCCCGCUCUGGAAGGUCCACGUCUUCACCGCCGUCCAGCUGUCCUGCCUCAUCAUCCUCUGGGCCAUCAAGGCUUCGGGAGCCGCCGUCAUCUUCCCCAUGAUGGUUCUGGCGCUCGUCUUCAUCCGGAAGCUUCUGGACUUUUGCUUCACCAAGAGAGAGCUGAGCUGGCUGGACGACCUGAUCCCCGAGAGCAAGAAGAAGAAGGACGACGACAAGAAGAAGAAGGAGGAGGACGCCCAGCGGAUGAUAGAGGAAGCGGAGGACGAGCCUCAGAGCAUCCUGAAGUUCCCUAUCAAGUCGCUGAAGGACAGGUCUGACCCGUCUGAAGUCAACAUCUCUGAUGAAAUGGCCAAAAGUGGAAUCUGGAAAUCCGUUUCCAAGAACUCUGAGGGAGGAAAGGCUCUGAAACGCUGCAAGAGUCAGGAGAAACUUCCCAGCAUCCAGAUCAGCAUGGAGAGCGAGGACGGACGGAGGUUUGUGGACGCUGAGACGGCGUUAUGAUCCCCCACCGGGACGGCGAGGUGGGCGGGGCCUGAACGAGGCGGAGGACCAAUCAGCUUCCACCUGGCUGUGCUGCAUUUCUCUGAUGACAUGACUUUUAUUUCCUCAUCGUUUCACACGGACAAUCCUCAGGUUACUUUGUUUUUACUGCCAGACCAUCGCUGUGCUCUGAUUGGCCGGCUGCCUGGCGCUACGUUCUGAUUGGCCGACGGCCAGCGAACUCAGAGGACGAAUAUUUAUUUCUCCUUCAGUGUCUGCUUCUCCUCCAUGAUCCAACGCGGAACGGACGUUUUAUUUAAUCUAUCAUGCUGAUUUCACUUCAGAGAGAGUGUGUGUGUGUGUGUGUGUGUGUGUGUGUGUGUGUGUGUGUGUGUGUGUGUGUGUGUGUGUGUGUGUGUGUGUGUGUGUGUCACCAUGUUGCCUGUAGGUUAAACCUCAGCAGAUGUUUUGUAGUUUCUUUGUAAUUUUUUUAAAUAAAUCAGUUGGGAGGAAACAUUUUCCACAUCAUGAGUCA